AUGGACGAUGCCGGUUUCUUCUCAUUUGUGUCCUUCUCAUGGAUGAGCCCCAUUAUGUGGAAACUGUUCCGAAACCGCCUCGACCUCCGCUCCCUCUCGAUCUCUCCAAACGAUGGCUGCAGCACCAAUGGAGACAGGCUGGAGAGGCUGUGGGACGAGGAAGUGAGUCGUGUGGGUCCAGAUCGCGCCUCGUUGGUCAGAGUGGUGAUGAGGUUCCAGAGGGGCAAGCUCAUCCUCAGCGCCAUCGCAUCACUCCUGCUGGAGCCCCUACUCUUCAUAGGGCCUUCCGUGUUGGUGCACAAGAUCCUGGGUUAUGUGGAGUCUGAUGCGGGCAGGUCGGUGGGCUUUAGCGUGGGCCUGUGUCUGGCUCUCCUGGCGGCAGAGUCCGCUAAGGUCUUCUUGCUGUCCCUGCUGUGGGCCACCAACAUCCGCAUGGCCAUACGCAUGAAAGGAGCCUUCAGCAUGCUAGCCUUCCGCAAGAUCACCCGCAUACGAGCCCUCACUACCGUCUCGAUGGGAGAGUAGAGUAGAGUGAUUAACGUGUUGACAACAGACAGCUAUCGCAUGUUCUCUGUGUGUCUGGUUGGGCCUUUCCUCUUCGCCAUCCCUUCUCUCCUGCUGGCCAGUGUAGCCUACGCCCCUUACAUACUGGGGUACACCGCACUCGUAGGGGUCUCUGUUUACCUGGCCUUCCUACCUAUACAGGUCGUCUUUGGCAAGGUCAUCAACUUUUUCCAACGUAAGGUUGUCAAGGAAACCGAUAGCCGCGUGCGCACCAUGAACGAGCUGCUGACCUGUAUGAAACUCAUCAAGAUGUAUGCCUGGGAGGAGUCCCUCGGCAAGAAGAUCUCAGAUAUCCGUAAGCAGGAGGAGAGGCUGUUGCGGUAUGCUGGCUACGUGCAGAGCAUGAACACCUCCAGCGUCAUCAUCACCCCCGCCCUGGCCAUCAUCUUCACCUUCGUAAUACACACUCGACUGGGUCGGCCGCUGCUCCCCUCCACGGCCUUCACCAUCAUUGCGGUCUUCAACUCGAUGCGGUUCGUUCUGGACAUGCUGCCCCUAGGUGUCAAGGCUCUUGCUGAAAGCCUUGUGUCCCUUGGACGUCUCAAGAGGAUGCUGCUGCUGAGGAACCCUGAGGCGUACGUGGAGCAGGGGAGAGGGCUGGGUGCCGCUGUCAUCGUGGAGGACGCAUCCUUCUCCUGGAAACCACCAACACCCUCCAGCGACUCAAGCCACGACACACGGAUAUCAGAGGACAACCUCACUCUGAGACACCUCAGCUUCACCCUGCCCAAGGGGAGUCUGCUGGGUGUAUGUGGGAAUGUUGGAAGUGGGAAAAGUUCCCUCAUCUGCAGCAUUCUGGAACAGAUGCAUCUGCAUCAGGGUCGUGUGUGUGUGGAGGGCAGUCUGGCGUACGUCUCUCAGCAAGCCUGGAUCUUCCACGGAACCGUCAGAGACAACAUCCUCAUGGGAGAAGCCUUCGACCAGCACAAGUAUGAUGAGGUCAUCAGAGCCUGUUCUCUUAAUCCAGAUUUGGCCACACUGCCCCACGGUGAUCAGACUGAGAUAGGAGAGCGGGGCAUUAACCUGUCUGGGGGGCAGAAGCAGCGCAUCAGCGUGGCCCGCGCGGUGUACUCGGGGCGGGACAUCUACCUCCUGGACGAUCCUCUGUCCGCUGUGGACGCCCACGUGGGGAAGCACAUCUUCCAGGAGUGCAUCAAGAAGAACCUCAUCAGAGGAGGCAAAUCAGUCAUCCUAGUCACACACCAGCUACAGUAUCUUCAGUUCUGUGACGAGGUGCUGCUGUUGGAGGAUGGCCAGAUCAAGGAGGUGGGGCCACAUUCUGCCCUCAUAAAGGCUAACGGUCGCUACGCUCAGCUCAUCGCUAACUACCCUAUGGAGCACACACAGGAGCAGAAUGAGGAGGCUGCAGCUGAUUCUCUCUCAGAUGAGACUCCACAGCCAAUAGGAGUCAAGUCUGUCAAGAACGGAAUCGACAACCCUGCCUUUGUCAUGAUGGAUGAGGGCAAGGAUGAACAAAACGAGGGGACGUGUCCUGUAAAAACAGAGAGCCAGUUGGUCAAACAGGAAGUGGCUCAAGAGGGAUCAGUAACGUGGAGGACGUACAAACAGUACUGCAACGCAGCUGGAGGCUUCUUCCCGCUGUCGUUGGUGUUUCUGGGGUUCGUGCUGCUUGUGGGGACGACGGCCUUCAGCGACUGGUGGCUCAGCUACUGGCUACAGCAAGGAUCAGGGAAUGGCACAGGCAGCAUCACAGACAACCCUGACCUAGACUACUACCAGCGUGUGUACAGCCUCACCACAGUGGCCAUGCUGGUAUUCAGCAUCAUCAAGGCAUGCUCCUACACACAGGUCACGCUGCGGGCAUCCUCAACGCUACACAACGCCAUGUUUGACAAGAUCUUGUUCAGUCCAAUGAGCUUCUUCGACACGACCCCCACCGGCCGUCUGGUGAACCGCUUCUCGAAGGACCAGGAGGAGCUGGACGCUGGGCUGCCCUUCAACAUGGAGGUCUUCCUGCAGAACUGCCUGGUCACCACCUCCAUCCUCAUCACCAUCGUAGCCGUCUUCCCCCUCAUGCUCCUCGUCGCGGCCCUCCUAGGCCUUGUACUCACAUCCUUACUCUAUAUUUUCCAGAGGGGCAUCCGUGUGCUGAAGCGUGAGGAGAAUAUGAGUCGCUCUCCCUGGAUCUCCCUGACCACCUCCGUCAUGCAGGGACUCAGUACCAUACACGCCUACGACAAGAGGGACCAGUACAUACACAUGUUCAGGGACAUGACAGACACCAACUGCAACCUUUACCUGCUGUUCAACUCUGCUACGCGCCUGCUCUGCUUCUGUUUGGACUUCCAGUCUGCCCUCACCACCUUCAUAGUGGCGCUGUUCACCACGCUCACGCCCAACGACACCAUUAACGCCUCUAUGAAGGGUCUAGCCCUCGCUUACACUAUUCAGUUAACCAAGGUGUUGCACUGGAUGAUACUGCGAUCUACAGAGGUGGAAGCCAAAUUCACAUCCGCCGAGAGACAACUGGAGUACAUCACGGGGUGUGUGUCAGAGGCUGCGAGGCAUGUGAAGGGGGCGUGUCUUCCAGAGGCCUGGCCUCAGCAGGGACAAAUCAAGUUCUGUGACUACAGCAUGCGUUACCGUGACGACACGCCCAUCAUCCUCAAGCAGAUGAACCUGUCAAUCAGAGCCAGAGAGAAGCUCGGCAUUGUGGGACGCACCGGAUCAGGCAAGUCCUCUCUUGGCGUGGCGCUGUUCCGGCUGUGUGAACCUGCAGGGGGCGCUGUGAUGAUUGACGGUGUGGACUGCAGCAGCGUCGGCCUCCAGCAGCUCAGGAGCCUGCUGUCCAUCAUCCCACAGGACCCCGUGCUCUUCACUGGCACUGUCAGGUAUAAUCUGGACCCCUUUGACAAGUACAGCGAUGAGCAGAUCUGGUUGGCUCUGGAGAAGACCUACAUGAAGCAACCGAUUGCCAGACUGCCAGAGCGGUUGCAGUCUCCAGUGGUGGAGAAUGGAGAGAACUUCUCAGUGGGGGAGAGACAACUCAUAUGCAUGGCCAGAGCGCUGUUGAGGAACUCAAGGAUCAUCUUGUUGGAUGAAGCGACGGCCUCCAUCGACUCGGAGACAGACUCUCUGGUGCAGCAGACGAUACGAGAGGCCUUCAGAGACUGCACCGUGCUCACCAUAGCUCACCGCAUCAACACCGUACUACACAGCGACCGCAUACUGGUCAUGGACAACGGACAGGUGGCAGAGCUGGAUUCUCCAGAAGUUCUGAUGCAGCGGCCCGACUCCCUCUUCUCCUCCCUACUGUCGGCUGCCAACCAGGUCGAGACGUGACGAUGGAAACAAAGAAAGUGGAUCUAACAAGAAGCGUCAUUUUGUUUCUUUUCCGGUAUCCACUUUAUGUCGGGUGAACGCCCCCUUAGGAGACCUUUGGUUAGGAGACCUUCGGAGUCCUGAGGUUGAGAAUCAAUGAAGUCCCCUUAGCGCUGUAGAUGGCGGUAGCGCACGUCUUGCGCAAACACCUCAAAAAAAGACAAAGGUGUAGGGCCCCCUUAGGAGACCCAACUUGAGCACACGCUUUUGCGUUGAGCGGGUGUGUUUUGCAAUAUCUUGCUCUCAUUCAGUAUUUUUGAUGGAAAC